UGUCGAUAGGUUCGAUCGACCCAUUGGCAUUAUUGCAUCCACGAAAUGUCGUCCCAAGCAGAGCAGAACAGCCUUGCUGCUGAGUUCAUGUCAAAAGUUAAGAUUGCUGACUAUCCUGAUUUAGGGAACCGAUUUGAACCCAAGACUUCCGAGCCUAUUACUCGACCACUCGAUACUCUUGAUGAAGUGUUGUUAUGGCAGCCAGAUGAUAAGUUCAACAUUGCAAAUUCCCCUCUUGCUGCCCCAACGAUCCCCGCUGGACCUCGACCUAUGACCCUUGUGUGCCAUGACAUGAAAGGAGGUUACAUUGAUGAUCGAUUUGUGCAGGGUGUGCCCGUCAGCUCCGCCUACCGUUUCUACCACUGGCAAUACAUCGACAUCUUCAUCUAUUUUAGCCAUCAUUUUGUCACCAUUCCCCCACCCUGCUGGACGGAUGCUGCUCAUAAAAAUGGCACCCUCAUGCUUGGAACCGUCAUCACAGAGUGGCAAGACGGUAAGAAGAGAUGUGCAGAGAUGUAUGGGAGCGAGGCAACCUACAAGAGAUUUGCAGAUAAGCUGGUGGACAUUGCAAAAUAUUACAACUUUGAAGGCUGGCUCAUCAACAUCGAGAACCCAAUUCCACCUGAGCACAUGCCCCAACUCCUAGGCUUCGUUGAAUACCUCACUAAGCAGAUGCACCAGCAUAUCAAAGGGUCGAAGGUCAUCUGGUAUGACAGUGUCAUAGCUGACGGCUCGUUGCGCUGGCAGGACAUGCUGAAUGAUAACAAUAGGAUCUUCUUUGAUGCCAGUGAUGCGAUCUUCUUGAACUACACAUGGAAUGAGAAUAAACUCGCUACCUCUGUUCAGAAUGCUGGUCCUAGGAAGCAUGAUGUCUAUGUUGGGGUUGAUAUCUUUGGAAGGAAUUGCUUUGGUGGAGGAGGAUGGAACACUAACAAGGCCAUGGAAGUGAUCAAGAGGCAGGGUCUCUCGACUGCCAUCUUUGCUCCAGGCUGGGUCAUGGAAAAACUAGGAGAGACAGACUUUAUCGCCAACCAAGAUAAGUUCUGGUCUUUGCUUGAUUCCUAUCUGUACACCCAUGGGGUGUCAUCGCUUCCCUUUGUCACAAACUUCUGCAGGGGAUAUGGAGAAUUUGGUUUCAAAUGUGGAAAUGAGGUGAUGAAGAAAGCAUGGUGUAAUCUGAGCAGCCAGCAGAUUGUACCAACCUAUGGAACUGAGCAGUUCUGUAACACAGAGGGCGCUUCUAAGAAGACAUCCAUGCAGUACCUGGUGUCCGAUGGCUUCAAUGGGGGUGGUUGUAUUGAGAUCCAUGGAGGACUGGCAGCCAAUCAGAUCACUAGAUGCAAGUUGUUUUCUACCGGUAUCUCUGGGUCUCACCCUCUGCUUGUCUCAUACACUGUCAAACAUGCUGAUAACUGCAAAGUAUGUCUUUAUCUAUCUACACCCAACAAGGACAUUCUACUGUGGAAUACAUCAGAUGAUAUGAAGGCAGGUGAGCAGCCUAUGAGUACGUAUGGCCUGAGACUCUCUGCCCUGAUCGACCAAUCCACCGUACCUGAUGCCAUCAAGUCAUCCGAACCCACCAUCUUCUCUCCUCUGAUCGGCACCUGUCACAAGAUCCUCCAGGAUGCAUUCUUUGGCAUAGAUAGCUCAGUGAUACCUACCCAAGGUUGGGUCACAAGGAAUUUCCUUCUACCAGAGUCUGUCCUGGUUGCUGGUGGUAAGAUCAAUGAGAUUGGUGUACUCUGCUUCUCAUCUGAUCCUAUUGAAUCUUACUCGGUCAAGAUUGGUGAAAUCAAGGUCGUCAAUCCGAGCUCACUUCGAGACCAAACACAGCAGGUCACUGACCUCUCUUGUUCAGACAUCACCUGGCAUCCCCCCAUCGCUGAUGUGGUUGACCCCCAUACCGUUGUUUCCCUCUGUGCCACUCUAUCUUGGUCUUACCCUGCUGGCCUUGGACACCACUUUGACAUUUACUGCUCUGGCGUUGAGCGUGACCCGAACCAGAGCCGGGCCGUCAGCAAGAGUGAUAAGCUCUUCGUCGGGAGGGCGCAUUCGCACAACUUCCGCGUGUGCCACCUUCUCAUCCCGAAGCUAGAAAAGAAAGGCCAAGUGGACAGCAUUGAGUUCUGUGUGCAGCCGACAACGAGGGCAGGCUUCUCGGCUCCUCUCCUAGGGGUCUCCAGCUGUAAAGUGGUAUACUCCAAUUAGUAAAGGAAAUAUGAUUUUCCUUGAAAUGUGUUUGAGGAAGAUUCGGUCUCUGCUGACUUUUGGCCUGGUUGUGUGUGUAUGAUUUUGGCCAGCUUUUUUUUUUUCAAUUGCAAUAAGAUACUUUGUUAUCACCACUCAUCCAUUUGCUAUGUGUGUUAUUAUUUGCUGCAGCUAUUAACCUGUGACUAAUGCAAUCUGUUAUUGACCUAACAAAGAGAAUACGGGUAUGGCUGUGUUACAGGUGUUGAUUAAGAGAUUUAGAUCAUUCUGGUCCAAACGGCCAAGUUUAUUCUCUUCGUGCUUGUGGCUCUGAUUGAUAUUGAUAUUCCUGGUCGCAAUGUACUCAGCGAGUUAUAAAAGUCAGAUAGUGUUAUUAUCAGUAUGAUGUUUAGAGCAAGAGUAUGAUAGGUGUGCAGCAAUUGUGUCGUCUUGUUGACGACCCAUUCCAUUAGGCUAACCAGGUACCUGCUCUGAUAACAGAUAAUGCCUUUCUUAUUUCAACAGUCCUCAAGCAUGCAGUUGUUUUGUCGUGACUUAAAGGGGAAUCCAGCCUUGGCCAUAAAAUGUUGUGUUGGGAAGGAGAAAAAUAAAUUAAACAGAAUGGUGAAAGUUUGAAAGAAAUCGGACAAGCAAUAAGAAAGUUAAAGCUGCUUUAAAAUUGAGAUCACUAAUACUAUGUAGAUUUCAAAUUGGCAACUGAGUAAGUAAAUUAUGACAAGGGGCAAGGACAACUUUCCCAUAGGCCAUGUAGUUUAUUAUCAGGGAUUUGUGGUUUUCUCUUAAGUACCCAUUCCCCUGGGGCAGUAAUCUAAAUAUAACCCAGCUAGUAUAUUGUUUUAUGAUCUCAUGAAAGAAAAAUAUAAUGUGAAAUAAAACUUUUGGGAAAAAUGACAUUUUAGCCAUAAUAUGUAUUGGAGUACAUGGAAGAGUAGUCCUUGCCUUACAUCACUAUGACAUCCGAUAUGCGGCCAAUUUGAAGUCUCCAUGGUUAUAGUGAUUACCAAUAUUUACAACAUUUAAAAAUUCAUAACUUUCUUGUUGUUUGUCCAAUAUUGUUCAAACUUUCACCUAUCAACUUGUCUGAUUUUUCUUUUCCUUAUAAAAACAAGUUUUUAUGUGGGUUGGAUUCCCCUUUAAGCCAGGAUUCGAUUAUAUUUGCUCUCUCCCAGCUAGAUUAUAGACUCCAUUCCCCCAACAAGGAUUAUCCUUUGAUUAUGAUUUUGUGUUAGUGCCAUUUAAAACUUGAAAUUUGGUUACUUAGUUAGCGAGUGAGACUUGUUACUAUUGAAUUUUAAAAUGCAAGAGUGACUUCCCCCAAUAUUUUCUCCAAUAAUCACACGGCAUGCCUCUAAUACAUAGAUAGAUAUAUUCAAUAUGCAAAAGUGAAUAAACCUAUAUUAAAUGGAUAGGUGUCCAUUGACUUUCAUUGUACACUUUUUAAUGUAUUUUACAUUAUAGGACCUAGAUGAGUAUUAACAUUAUUUGUUUUAUUCAAGUUAUCUAUGCAUUUGAAGAAUACAUUCCUUAUGUUUCUCUGUUUUAUGUUUUUUUUUGUGUUAAAAGUACAAAAUUUUCCAGUACUACUGUGCAUUCUCCUACCCACUUUUUGCAUUUUGCAUCAGUUGCCACCAUUUGAUGAUCUUUGUAGGUUUCAAUGGUGGAGUUUAUAAUGUGGAGAAGGUUUACGGUUCACCAUGUGUAAUAUGAAGAAGGGAAGGAGAUACAGGCACAAAGAUUGAAACGGAAAGACGAGAAAGGAUGAAAAGAGGAAAUUAGAAGUAUUCUUUUCUUGAAAGUGAGUGAAGUCCUGAAAAGGACUGUAAACCAGAUGAGAUGAGCUGAAUAUGGCUUGAGUAGCAAUGGUUUGAGUAGUAGCAGGAUGAAGUGAAGAGAGGUUACUCGAAGUUUCGGGCAGGUUGACUGUCCGUCUUCAGGUUCCAUGUUACCACCAUUUAUUGGAAAAGGCAAUUUAGUGACCACAGAAACAUGAUUAAUCUAUCUCAUCCCUUAUAUCUUAUGUAUAACCUACAUUUUAAUGUAGUUAUGAUUGAAUAUUCAUUUCAUUGUACUUCUCACUAGCAUUAUCAGAUGAUGUGCAAUUAACAUACUGUUAUGAAUUUGCAAGCAAUUUUGCUGAGAUUUUUUUUUUAUGGAUUUGCUUACAAUUUUCCUUGACAUAGUAAAUUAUAUCAACUGAAGCGAUGCUCUUCAGGCUAUAAAAUAUUGACACUUUUGUCAACUAUUCAGUUUUGAAAGCAUUUAUAAGGUAUCGUUUUUUUUGGAGGUUAGAAAGAAUAAGAAAAUAAUGUGAUUAUUUUCUAAUUGUGGUUUAUUUAAUUGUCUCACAAUAAUUAUUAGUUAAUGUAAAAAUCAUGAGGAGUAUGAUUGAAUAUCGAUGGAAAUUCUGCAUUUUGACAACUUGCAUUCUAUCAUGGCUAGGCUGAAUACAGAUUUGCCUAUUUUUUUAAAGAUAAUUUUAUGAAAAUAAUGUGUGCCUUCUUAGAAUUGUUUGAUAUUUUUUGAUGCAUUUUUAAGUAGAAUUUGAGCAAUUAUAUGCAUGGUAGUUAGAAUCUGUAAAUGAAAACAUAUAUGUACUGAGGGUUAUCAUAUAAUGUCAAUUGCCAACCUUGCACAAGUCCUACUCUCAUAUGGCUUGAAACUUUGUAGGUCAAGAAAUUGCAUACCUGGCUUUAUUAAGCUGUAUGAAAUUAAGUAUGACUUUAUGUCUGCCUUUUAUAGCAUUUCAAGGCAGAUUUUUUGGGGGUAUGAUAUGCAUUAAAAUGUUAAUUAUGAUACCAUGUUAGGUGAUAUAUCAAGGACCCAAUAUAGUCUGUUUAUUGAAUUUUCAAUGUCCCAAUAUUUUUUUAUAUUAUUGACGUAUUAUUCUGCAUCCUAACAUAAAACUAUGUGAAAUGAAUUUAUCAUCAUGAAGUGAAUUCUUUGACUACAGAAUGGUGUAAUUCCCAGUUGACAAUAGUGUAAAGCUAUUUUGACAUUCAGUCCAAUAUGAUAUGACUUAUAUAUGAUUAGAAAAGAGAGGGGAAGGGGGACUGGAGAGGGGGGACAGAGAGAAGGGGAAGGGGGUGGGGAGUGGUGGGAAGGUGAAACAGAUUGUGAGAAAUAGGAGGAAUUUCCACAACAUUUGCUCUGAUGACCAUUGCUCUGAUGGAAAACCUGCAUGUUAAGCCAAACAUAAAACCUAACUUCAAAACUAAAUAAACCCUAAUCCUAAUCUUUACAUUAUUCUGAACCAAAAACUCUAUUACAAACCCAAAUUUACCUCUAUGCCCUCUAAAGUAUCGAGACCGGAGCAAAUGUCUUAUCACUAUUAGGAAUGCAGUCGGAUUUAACUACCCUUAAUGCUGGUUAGUAGUAAGAAUAAGAUUUUAUAAAUGUUAGAAAGAUCAUGAGAAUCAUGAAGUAAAUAGAGCAUCUGCUUCAUAAAUUAUGUAUGCAUGGUAGUUUAUAAUAAAUUAGUUUGCCAUAAAUUUUUUUUUUCUUUCGCAAGUUCGUCCAACUAUGUUCCUGCCAAUAUUACUAUUUAUUUUCCUAUGAUAGCUUGUGUGCUUUGAGCAAAGAUAACCUAAAAGGAUGAAAGAAUUCAUGUUUUCUUUAAGAGUAUUAUUAUUAUCAUAAUUUUAUGCACUAAGAUAUAAAAGUAUAUUUGUAUACACCUAACCUAUCUUAUCUAAACAAAACCAAUGUAUUGGUAUGCAUUCCUGUACCAAAAAUAUUAGACUGCCUUAAAGGUGAUCUACUGAUACAGUUGUAAUAAGAUAUUGCCUGUAAUGUUAUAAUCCAGUUAACUUAGCUAUUUUUCUUUAUUUGUAAUUUACUUAUGACCAGGCAAGCUUUUGUGUGAAUCCCAAUGUGUAUUUUAUUAAUUUGUUUAAUUUCAUGAUACUCUAUGUUGUGGUACUCUCUGUAUAAUUGUACUGGAAGAAACUUCCAAGCUUGCUGUGAACUGCUUAGUAAGAAAGACUAUGUUAUGAUAGUACCAAUAUUAAUUUACCUUUUUUUCCUUCUCAUGUUGAAGUUAUUUUAGUCAUCUAUUUUUCUACAUUUUGAUAUGACUCUAAGCUUUUGUGUGUGUACAUGUAUUUGCUGUUUGUUAUUACAUUGUGUUGUUUUCCAUAUAUGUAAUGAUGUUUUAUAGUUUUGCAUGGUUUUCUCUUGUAGUGCAGCUAUAGUUUGAUGUAUCAAAGAUUAUAUUAUAAAUAUAGAUAUACAUGUACUUUAAAAUUAUUUUAAAUUAGAUUAAAAUUAAAAAUGUCUAUGGUUACUUAAUACUUACUUAUAGUAACUAAUAACCCAGCAUUGUAAGUGGGAAAAUAUGAAGAUUUCUUCUUCACAUGAAUAUAUAUGCAUAUAAUGUUGUUCUAUGCUCUGAAAAUCAAGAGUAAUGUAAGCAGAUUUUACAGCAGGAGGAGUAAUUUAAAAUAGAAUAGAUAGAAUUCUAUUUGAAGGAGUUAUAACAUGUGGGAUGGGGGAUUCUGUAUUUAAAGCCAAGCAAUGCAAAGUCCCUGGAGAACAUAACCCCAAAUAGAAUAGACAGAUUUUUUUUUUGUGUAGAUAGAGAUAAGGCUUUGUAGAUAGCCAUAGUCUUUCAGUGGUGAUUAGGAAUGAAAUCAUAUAAAAUGGAAGGUCUUAAAAUGCAAUAGGAGUGUAGGUGUUGUUAUCUCUAACUAUAUGGCUGCCUUGUGCAUCAAUGUGCAUUUAUGCAAACUAAUCUAACCAGUGGAAUGGUUUUUACUUUACCAUUACAUCACUCCAGAGUAAAUGAGUGAUGCAUGUAAUCUUUAUUCAUGCAAAAAUUAAGGAAAACAAGCAAACUUUGUAAUUGAAAUAAAGAAUAACAUUUCUCAUGCCGUCAUCCUGUGGGCACCAAAGAAAAAAAACAAGGCUUGCAGCUAUCUUGUAUAUGCAGGUACAAAUAAUUGACUUUGUUUAAUUUAGAUGUAUAGAAGUGAGUUUCAUGAUUUGAAAAAGCAAAGUGUGUCUUUCAAUAUACUUAGUUGUUUGUUGUAAGUGAUUGUAGUGAAAUUAGUGAGUGCCUACGGUCAGCUAAAAAAGAUUAAGGAAUACAAGUCAUCAAUAGCUUGGGUUGGUCUAGUUUGAGUAUUUUUAAAAUGUUACUAUCUUUUCAUUGACUAAAUAAUCAAGAAAUAGAAAUAAGGAACUUUAAAAUCAUGGCUUUGUGACCAAAUUGAAUUACAUUAUAUAUCUUUUUAUUUCUAUUUAUCAAAGUUCUUAAUAGCAGUUUUGUUUGUUAGAACAGUGAUUUGCUUAAAAAAGUUUAUUUCCAUAGAUAUUAAGUACAUCUAUUUAUUUUUGUUUGUAAUAAAGUCAAGUUUCUAACCACACAUUCUGUAUCUGACCACAUUAGUUUGAAAUUUAACAUUUUGUUUCUAUGAGUAUAAUAAUAAUAAUAAUAAUAUGCAACGUUAUUAUAGCACUUAAUGUUUCUAAGUGCUGCAUAUUAUUACCCCUGCUUUAGCACAGCUACCCUGAUUGGACUCUCGAGCAUUGAAGGAAUUCCUUCCUACUGGGUACCCAUUUACUACACCUGGGUGAAGAGCGGCAAAUGUAGAAAAACGCCUUGCCAGAGGAUGCCAGUGCUGCAGUGGGAUUCAAACCCCAACCUUGCAAUUCAAAGUCUGGACACUUAUCCACUGAGCCAAAAAACAUCACCAAACAAGCAUAUAAAAGUAUCUGUGGAUUAUAAUUAUUGCAGUUAAAAAGUUACAAAUUUAAACAGUUUUAUUAUGUAGUAUGUAUUUCUUUUCAAGGCCUCUCGAGUUAUGCCAUUGAAAAUCGAUUUCCAUCAUUAGUGUACCUGGUAAGAUCACCUUCGUUUCGAGAUUCACUUUCCCAUCAAAUCAAAACAAUUAUUUUCUGAGAAAACUAGUUCAUAGUUCAAAGGUCACCACUAUUUUCGGAAGCACUCGCCAUGAACUUCAAACAAGAUGGGUCAUUAAAAUUCUGCUGGGGGUGCACUGACCCCAUGCUAGGUAUGCUAGUGAUUUACAUGCAAUCCAAUCUAUUUCAGAGAAAAAAAUGAUAUUGUUACAAAGCUUGCAUCAUAUUUACAUCAUGUGAUGUUGGGUAUUAUCUACAAAAAAAUUAUGUAAAAUUAUAUUUAAACCCUCUCAUUGGAGGUCAAGUCCAUCCCAGAAAAAUGUGACUUUAAUUAAUAGAGACAAAUCAAACAAGCAUAAUGCUGAAAAUUUCAUCAAAAUCUGAUGUAAAAUAAGAAGGUUUUGGCAUUUUCAGUUUUGCCUAUUGCUCAUAAAACAGUUAUAAAAAUCAUGCGCAACUCGGUGACAUGCAAACUUUUUGUUGGGGCGGACUUGCCCUUAAAAAAAAUUGUCUGAGUCGUGAGAAUGCAUACAUUUAUUAAUUUGGUGGAAUAUAAGUAUUGUAUAGGCUAUAAAUACCUUGAAACAAUAUCCUUUUCCAUUUGAUUUUUUUUUCAUCUGAUGCUACAUCAGCUACUAUCAGUUCUGUUUCCCUAAUGUAAAGGACCAUUGGUAAUGAUUGAGAUAUUACUAUGAUACAAACAGGUUCUUUGUUAAAACUGAAUAUAAAAGUCAUCCAUAUCGGCCCGUAUUCUGAAGUCGGGUUUAACUUAAACUCAUGUUUAAAGUUGUGGUUUAAGUAUGGCGAGCCAAUUGUUACAUAAAUCACUAACAGUAGAGAUAUCAUACUUCAGCUCAUUUGGCUCUGAAUUCAUUCAUAAUUGUUUAGGAAGUAUAAAAAGAUUAUUGGCUUCACCAUCGAUGAAUCAGGAAAGAGCACAGUAAACAUAAGAAACAUACAACUUAAUAACAAAUAUGAUACUAUUGGCUUCCCAUACUUAAACCACAACUUUAAACCUGAGUUUAGCUUAAGCCCGACUUCAGAAUACGGGCCUAUGUGUUUUGUGAUUUGGAAAAGGUUUUGUCCCAGAAGUGAUAUAAAGAUGCAAUAUGAGACAUGUAUUGAUAAGAAAAAUAAAAGUGAGGCUAUCUCUAGAAAUGCAAGAAUUGCCGGAGAAUUUAGAA